GGGAAAAGAAGGUGACAUCAUCACAAAGCGCCGGCAGUGAAGGUUAACACUCAGCAGGGGGAUGGGUUAAAGUGAUGCUGGAUACAGAUGUGUUUGUGUGUCUGUGUGUGUGGGAGAGAGUGUGUCUGGGAGCUGGUGAAAGGAGAGACAAAGAGAAAGCAUAACGGAUGAUGGCUGACACAUUUCCUGCCUUGACUCAACCACUUACUGAGCCCAAAUUUCUACUGAUCCAGCAGUAUGCUCAUGUUCGCGGGACUUCCUGCCAGCUAACGCCAAAGAGGAUUUCAUCUAGCAGUGCAGGUGCGUCGCAGGAGGGUGGGAGGGUAUUUGGCAGCUCAACAGACUGCGAGCUCAGUUUGAAGACCUUCACCUUCACAGAGACAUCAUGCACUCUCUGCUUCCCUUCCUCUACCUGUUCUUGGUUGGGACAAAAGGGGCAGGGGGAUCAGACCACACACUACCCCUCAUGGAGUACCUGGACCAGAAUCAUUUGGUUUGCCUGAAGUGGGGCUUUGAUAACCAGCAAGGGUACAUAACAUUCAAACUGGCAGUCAACACAACAGGCUGGGUAGGCUUUGGCUUGAGUCCGAACGGAAACAUGAUUGGGGCAGAUAUCGUCAUAGGGGGAGUUGGACCCAAUGGAAGCUACUUCAAAGAUUAUCAUGCCACAGGGGCAUCCAUGCCUUUGGUAGAUGAGCAGCAGAGCUACGCUCUUCUCUCUCUGACUGAAAAAGACGGUCAGACCAUCAUGACAUUUCAGAGGUCCAUCCAGUCGUGUGAUAACCAAGACUUCCAUAUCACUGCUCAACCCAUUAAACUCAUCUAUGCAUAUGGGUUAACGGAUGAGAUCAAAUACCAUCAGGCCCGUAGAGGCACCAAGGAAGUCAACCUGCUGAACUAUGUACCCAGGACUUCACCCAACCUCAACUCAGGGCAAUAUAUCAGUGCCAUAGUGAAUAAUAUUACUGUCCCUUCCAGGCAUACCUACUAUCACUGCAAGGUCAUGAAGUUUCCAACCUUAAAAACAAAACACCAUAUAUACAUGAUUGAACCGGUGAUUGAGAACCAUGACCUUGUUCAUCACAUGCUGCUGUACCACUGCCCAUCCUAUGUGACAGUAACGUACGACAAGCCGUGCUACCAGGGCGACAUAGGGGAUGAUUGCUUUUCGGUGGUGGCUGCAUGGGGAGUAGGAGGAGGGAUAUUUGAGCUUCCAGCAGAUGCAGGUAUUCCUAUCGGAGGUGGGGACAGUGAUAACUUGUACAGGCUGGAAAUCCACUACAAUAAUCCAGCCAAGGAAAGAGGUAUGUCAGACAGCUCAGGACUGAGACUGCACUAUACAUCUCAACUCCGGCAGCAUGAUGUGGGCAUCCUGUCCACAGGUUUGCUGUCAUUUUCUCUUCAGUACAAAAUCCCUCCAAAAGCCCCUCAGUUCCACAGCUACGGUGUCUGUAAUACUACUUUGUUUUCUGAGUUGGUGAAUCCUUUGCCUGACCUUCAAGUGUUCUCUGUGCUGUUGCACACUCACUUGGCUGGGAGGAAAGUCAGAGUUGGCCACUACAGAAAUGGAAAGCAGAUAGACUUCUUGAGCAUAGAUGAAAACUACAAUUUUGAGCUACAGCAGUUCAUCAGUUUAGGAAGCAUCAAGACCAUCAAACAGGGUGAUGAGAUUGCAGUGGAAUGCACCUACAGUACUUCCAAUCGCAUGACAGCCACUAUGAUGGGGUUAGCAACUACUGAUGAAAUGUGCCUGGCAUAUCUGAUGUACUACCCUGCAAUCAACAUCUCCACAUGCUUAAGCCACCCAAAUACAAAGCAUCCAAUGAUGAACACAAACUUCCAGAUGUUUACGGAGAACGCCACUGCAGACCAGGAAGAAAUUGCUGCGUAUGAGAAUUUGUUAAAGACCAUACCACAAAUUCAAACAAUCAUCACUAACGAUCACAUAGUCUUGAAAAAUGGAAAUGGCACAAUCAGGAACAUGAUGAAGACACCAAAUGUCAUUUGUCCGGGUACAAACGCAGCAAACAGACUCACUUGGAUUGUGACCCCAGCUGGAGUUAUACUUUUGAUACUCUGGAUUGCAAUUAUGUAACGUGGCUAUAUGAACACAUCCAAACCAGUGCAAGGGACACACUGUUGAUCUCUACUGUAUCCAAAUUGGUGUAUUCAGCUGCACAGAACAGGGUUUAUAUCAUUUUCUAUGUUUUUGCUUUCUCUGUUCGUGUGUUUUCUCAUUUUACUUUUACUUAUUAAUCAGAAAUCAUGUGUUAUUUAGCUCUCGUGUUGAUUAUCAUAUUGAGAUUUACAUUGAAACUAUUUUAUAAAAUGCUUAGCCACGUGUGCCUGGUCACAUUUAUAUUUAAGGUAGAUACAUUUCAGUAUAUAGGAUCACAUUUAUACUUUAAUGAUAAAAUACUUUAACAUAUAGAAUAAGAUAGAUAAUAUAGAUAAAAACAAAACGUAUACACAAAAUUACAUACACAUGAAGAUGAUAGAGAAACAUAUCACAAUUAAUUUUAUUAAUACGUAGCACUAACAUGUAUGCACUUAUCUCUGUGUAUUGUGUUCAUCAC